CCACCUCAUAUUUUAUAUGUGUUCCAAACUUCUUCUUGGAAUGUCCCGUAUCAUAAUCUUCAAACAAAAACCAACAUAAACUCGUUUCUUCUCCAAAAUUUAUCUUUAACUUCUUUCUGUGGCUAGAGAGAGAGAAAGAGAGAGGGAGAAAGAAUGGCAGCUUGUACUGUCUACUCAACACAAUCUCUAAGCACAAAUUGCUCCAUCUCAACCCCAUCAAAAACACAUGUAGGUUUUCACCAAAGACAAGUAUUUUUCUACACAACAAGCAAGAGAAGCAGCAAGAGAGGGAGUAACACUAGCAGCCCUUAUGUGAUAACAUGUGCAGCGGGUGAUUCACAGACAGUGGUGAUUGGUCUAGCUGCUGACUCUGGGUGUGGUAAGAGUACUUUCAUGAGGAGGCUCACAAGUGUGUUUGGAGGAGCAGCAGAACCACCAAAGGGUGGAAACCCAGAUUCAAACACUCUCAUCAGUGACACAACCACUGUGAUAUGUUUGGAUGAUUACCAUUCAUUGGAUAGAACUGGUAGAAAAGAGAAGGGAGUCACUGCACUUGAUCCGAGAGCCAACAAUUUUGAUCUCAUGUAUGAACAAGUUAAAGCUAUUAAAGAUGGAAUUGCUGUUCAAAAACCCAUUUACAACCAUGUCACUGGUCUUUUGGAUCCUCCAGAGCUUAUUAAACCUCCCAAAAUCUUAGUCAUUGAAGGUUUGCACCCAAUGUUUGACCCUCGGGUCAGAGAACUCUUGGACUUUAGCAUCUACUUAGACAUUAGCAAUGAGGUGAAAUUCGCUUGGAAAAUUCAGAGAGACAUGGCAGAACGUGGACAUAGUCUUGAAAGCAUCAAGGCUAGCAUUGAAGCAAGGAAGCCUGAUUUUGAAGCUUUUAUCGAUCCUCAAAAGCAAUAUGCAGAUGCAGUGAUAGAAGUGUUGCCAACACAACUCAUUCCAGAUGAUAAUGAGGGGAAGAUUUUAAGAGUCAGGUUGAUACAGAAAGAGGGGGUUAAAUACUUUAGCCCAGUUUACUUGUUUGAUGAUGGCUCUACCAUUUCAUGGAUACCAUGUGGAAGGAAGCUUACAUGCUCUUAUCCUGGCAUCAAAUUCUUCUAUGGACCAGAGAGUUACUUUGGAAAUGAGGUGUCAGUUGUAGAAAUGGAUGGGCAAUUUGACAGAUUAGAUGAACUAAUAUACGUUGAGAGCCACCUAAGCAACCUCUCUACAAAGUUCUAUGGAGAGGUUACUCAACAAAUGUUGAAGCAUGCUGAUUUCCCAGGUAGCAACAAUGGAACAGGUCUAUUCCAAACCAUAGUUGGUUUGAAGAUAAGAGAUUUAUAUGAACAGAUAGUAGCAAGCAGGGCUGGGAGUCCAGUAGGAGCAGCAAAAGCUUAGGAAUCUGCCAUAUAUAUAAAUAUUGGACAUGGCAGCCAUAUUGAAUCUCCAAAAUCAUUUUCUUCUUUUGUGUUUUCCACUAUUCCUGUCUUUCAUGUUAUUUUGUCAAAUUGUUAGGCUGUUGUUCAUGAUGAUGUAAACACUCUGUAUGUACUUAUUCGAUCUUUUGUAACUCAUAAUUCAGAGAAGAAAGAGCAGGGCUGAGAUUCAGUUCUCUUUAAACAAGAUUGGAACAAUUUGGCAUC